AACUUGUAUCAUUUCAUCUUUCGUAAUUUUUACGGGUUAUUACCUGCUUGCAUUAACUUAUAACGGAUAUCUACACUCGAAGUCAUUCUUAAUUUGCUCCUUGUAUCUUUUGCUUGUGGGAAUGGCAUCAGCGGCUGGGUAUCUUUCUUCCCUAACAAAAAUUACAAAAGAUCUCGCGCUCACAUCAUCAAAACGCGGAAUUGCAUUGGGUACACCUUUGGGGCUAUUCGGGCUGUCCGCCUUCAUGUUUUCUCAAAAUCAAUUCAUUCCUUUUCAAAUCGGAUGUUUACCACUUUCUCGCAUUUGUCGCUAUAUCUACCGGACUUGCUGUGAACGUGAUCACAACAAAUCCAGCUUCUUAGAUAUAUGUGGUUGGGAUUUGGUUCGAAGCGGUGAUGCGCGUCUAUUAUUUAUUGCCAUUCUAUUCAUAGGAGGAACUGCUCUGAUGUAUAUUAAUAAUGUCGGAAACAUAAUCAAAUCAUUAUACGCGGCCUCAGUCAAUUGCAACCCUCCAUCUAAUGUUGAUCAACAGAUUGAAAUACAUAGAUUGCAAAAUUUCCAUGUGUCCAUUAUCUCCAUAUUUUCUUGUGUUGGACGUCUUACUUCUGGGUUAUUUUCCGAUUUUACAAAAUACGU